AAAGGUGAAUGUUCCUUGUCAUUGAUUUCUCCCAACGAUCCAAGAGGAGGUAAUGUCUCCUGGUACAGUGGUGUGUGGAAUAAAGGGGAGAGGGGAAAGCCAUAUGGCUUAAACAAGGGUUGUGUACCUGUAUGUGAGAAGAGCAAUUUUUUGUGUUUGUGACGUCUCCAAGCUCGGGUUAAUCAAUACUUGGAGGUCUGGGGACGAAAAUGGCCGAAGUGGUGACAGUUCAUGCUCUGAAUGGCCAUAUCCCAGCCUCGAACUCGAGACCUCGGCACCAGUCCACCCGGACCGAGUUUGCUUGCCCGAACUGCAAAGUGAUUGUGGAGAGGGCGGUCCAUGGAGACUCUUGGGGCACUUGUCCGUACUGUGGAACAGGGUACAGCCCCCAGAACCGAUUGAAAGAGGCCAAACGAAGGACAGCCCGAAGUGCCUCUCCGCGACUUCCCAAGGUGGCACCCAUUGAUGAAGCCACAGAAGCAAGUGCUGUGGGGAACUUACUCAAGAGCAGUCUAACAAGCUUGACCCUGGGGUCCCUUGGGCUGAAGUCCCAAUCUAAAGAGUCGGAUAAGUUGCCAAGGUUGACUGAUGAUUCGCGGCACAAGUUGGCGCUCCGCAGCACUCCUAGUUUCCAGAUGCGUGGUGGGAUAAAAGCCAACCCAAAAAUAACUUAUGAUGUCGUGGAUAUGGACAAGAACCAGUUUUUGGAGCUAGUACUAAAUGCCAAGAAGACCAAAGACCAUGCUGACGUGCAGCAGUUCUUUGAGACGACAUUCAAGAACCCUGCAAGGCUGUGUGCCACCUUCAAGAAGAACUCCAAUCAAGACGGAGCCCGACUAGAUGACCCCGAACUUGAUCAAGACCUUUUGUUUUCCGUGUUUGACUCGGUGAAGAGCUUGAAUGUGUCGGUACAAAAGACCUUGAUCAGGUCCACGGUCAGCUGCUUGCUAGAUGAUACCACUCAAUUGUUUGCCAAAGACCAGCCCCGGACCCUUUUUAUUCUUCUGCUCAACCCACUCUUUGUGUCCCAGUCCACUUACACCAUUCUAGCUCAUCUUCUGCAACAAGUGACUCGGCUUCCCAAUAGUGACCAUCAACUGUUGGUCCACUGGUUUCGGACCUUACCCUUCCCUCGGUUCAAGGCCGUCAUUCAAGAGCUUCUUCAGUUUGUGACCAUUCGCCAAUUUCCUCCUGCCGACAAGUCCUUGCCUCCUUUAAGCAAAUCUCGAUGGUGGAUUCCCACGGCCACCAAAGUCCUGGCCUUGAUCAAUGCCUCCAACAAUCUGAAGGUUCCCGCUAAAGUGGACUACGCGGAGUUUUACAACAUGUCCCUAGACCACAUGGACCUGAUGCAAGAGUACUACACGUGGCAAAACCCAGAGCGGGCCAACCAGUUCUCCUAUUGUCAAUACCCCUUUAUCUUGAGUAUCGUGGCCAAACAGCACAUCUUGACCAAGGACAGUGAGCAGCAAAUGAUCUUGACAGCUCGGAGAUCCUUGGUCCAAAAGAUGACGCGUCACCAGCAGCCUCACAUUGAGAUCUUCUUCUUGAACAUCUCUGUUCGGCGAGAUCAUUUGGUGGAAGACUCCCUUAAGGAGAUCUCAGAGAAGCAAAAAGACCUGAAAAAGAAGCUCAAGAUCUCGUUCGCCGGGGAGCCCGGCCUUGACAUGGGUGGCCUAACCAAAGAAUGGUUCCAACUUUUGAUCAAAAACAUCUUUGAACCAGAGUAUGGCAUGUUUGUGUACUACCCGCACUCCAGAUGCUAUUGGUUCUCCCUCUCCAAGGAGGGAAACCUCCGCGAGUACAACCUCAUUGGAGUCCUCAUGGGAUUGGCUGUCUACAACAGCAUCAUCUUGGACCUUCAUUUCCCGCCCAUGUGCUACCGGAAACUUCUGACCCCUCCGGUUGUCCCUGCCGACGACACCGUCCCUGUGGGGAUUGUUCCUAAUCUGAACGUGUCUGACUUGGUGGAUAUCAUGCCGGACGUGGCCCAAAGCCUCUCCAAUGUGUUAGAGUACGAGGGCGACAUCGAGGAAGACCUCAUGCUCACCUUCUCAGUGAGUGUCGAGGAGUACGGCAAGGUGUUCACCAAAGACCUGAUCCCUGGGGGUCAAGACGAAACCGUCACCAAUGACAAUCGCAAGGAGUUCGUUCAACUCUACCUUGAAUGGCUGCUCAACUCGACCAUUUGCGAGCGAUUCCGGGCUUUCUACUUGGGGUUUCACUCAGUGUGCGCCUCCAAUGCCCUCAUUAUGCUACGACCAGAGGAAGUGGAACAACUGGUUUGUGGAUCCCAAACUUUUGACAUGGCGGAACUCAAGAAGGUCACGUUUUACGAUGGGUAUAAGGUUGACGACCCUACCAUCAUCUACUUCUGGGAGGUCCUUGAGGAUUACAGUGACGACCUUCAGAAGAAGUUUCUGCGCUUCACCACGGGCAGUGAUCGGGUCCCUGUGGGCGGCACGGGCGAUAUGACAAUCAAGAUCACCAAACUCAAGGACAAGAAUCAUCAUCUCCCCAUUGCCCAUACUUGUUUUAAUCAGAUUGGAUUACCAGACUACAAGGACAGAGACCGCUUGAAACGGAAACUCACAAUAGCCAUUUCCAAUGCUGAGGGUUUUGGAUUGGAGUGAAUGGCAAUUUUCAUUGCGACUACAAGGGGAACACCAAUAUUUAAUAAGCUCAUAGGAGUCCGCAAAAAAUCGACCACAACCAUUUUUGCAACUCGACAAUCUGUGCAACAAAAUAAGCCCUGACGAACAUCAAUUACCUAAGUAUUUGAUAAGAGUCGAGCUUUGAAUUUCAGGCUCAAAACAUGUUUCAUAACCCUCUAUUGAGACACUUUGAAAGAGCUCCUUCAAAAACAACAACAAUUACUAAAGUCGCACAUGAAUAAGUAUAAUCAUUUUCUAAUACCAUGCUUAUUCUAUUUUUGUAGAAUUCUGACCUAGCCUUUAUGCCUCACUCACGCCCAUUGUUACACUCCAAGAUUGUGAUAAUAAAAAAGUCCUAAC